AUUUCACUGGAUGCUGCAAGGCCAGCCAUUUGCGACAAGCGCAUGCCCCUUCUGCCAUGACCGGGCAUGGAGCGCCGCUGCUCUGCUGAAACCGACGGCUCACGUUGCGUUGGGUUGCAAAGAGGGCGAUGCCUGUUGCUUCAUCUGCUCCCAG